GUACGUAGCUAGACUAGACUCUGUCUCAGAUAUUUAGACUUUAGAAUCUCUCAGAACUGAAUGAUAUCAUUAAGAGAACUCCACAUAACAAGAAUUCCAUCUCAAUCUGGUCGUGGCAACCUUCAGAGUAAGAAGUGUAUUACUGCGUCUGCAAAAUACUUGGAAAUAUUUGAUUACAAAAAUGUCUUCCUCAUCUUCCACACUGAUGAGGAAUGAUAUACUCUGCAGCAAGUCCACCCGCUACACAGUAUUGGACCUUCAUGGAGCAGGAAGCUAUGGCAAAGUUGCCAAGUGUGUCAACUUGAAAACUAACAGGUUGGUGGCAAUUAAAAUCCACAAUUGGAGUAAAAAUUAUGCCAAGGAAGUGGCAAUGCUGAAGGCAGUCAGGGUUCUCGACCCAGAGAAAAAGAACAUAGUGAGAUUCAUAGAAAAUUUCACGUUCAAGCGACUCUCCUGCCUGGCCUUCGAGAUGUUGGACAAGAGCCUCUGGGAGCUGAUGCAAGAGAGGAACUACAUGCCACUGACGCUUAAUGAAAUUCGCCCCGUGGUCUACCAGCUUCUCGUAGCAUUUGAAGCCCUGAAGAGUAUUGGCAUUGUUCACGCAGACUUGAAACCUGACAACAUAAUGCUUGUUAAUCACAGGAACAAGCCCUUCAAGGUGAAGCUAAUCGACUUUGGUCUGGCCUGUCCAGUGAGCAAACUGCAGGAUGGGGUAACCAUACAGAUUGAGUCACACAGGGCUCCAGAGGUGACCUUAGGCCUCCCCUUGUCUGAAGCUGUUGACAUGUGGGGAAUGGGAUGCGUCAUGUCGUUCAUGUACUUUGGCGUCAACCUCUUCCGUGGAAAAUCUGCAUAUCGUAGGAUGAAAGCUAUGGUGCACAUGCUGGGUCAGCCAGAGGACCACCUGCUGGAUGCUGGUAAAAACACCUGGCAGUAUUUCAGCAGGGAGGAGGGCUCCAGCGGUCCACGGUGGAGACUAAAGACGCCACUGGAGUACAAGGACGCAACUGGUGACAAAGCCCGUGUUGCAUGGGAAUUUUUCGACACAGCCAGGAAUUUGGAGGAUGCAGUGCAGAAUUUCCCAGAGAAAACGGACGCUCUUGAGUUUGAAGAUAGGAUGGAAUUUUUAAGCCUCCUAAAAUCCUGUCUGCAUCUGGAUGCUGGAAAGAGAGACACACCCAGGGAAGCCCUACUACACAAAUUUGUUACAUUGGCUCACCUGGUAGAUGAAGACACCAGCUCAUAUGCAGACCAGGCCUUUGACUACAUGAAUAUGUCCAAUUUGCAAAGCGUAGAGAAAUCUGACCAGACCUCAAACUCAAGUGAUGGAAUCUCAGGCACUGAUAGCUCCAGCGAUGAAGAGCCAGACCCCAGGGCUCUCAAGAUUUACUUAAAGAAAGAGCGAUGUGAGGAUGCAGAUGCUGACACUUCCAGCGGUGAAGAUGAUAUUGAGUCUGCCACCAGUGGCUCCUGUUAUGGACACUAUUCUACGCCAAGUUUCAGCGAGGGAGAAAUUCCAGCUGGCUUAAAGAGUGAAUCAUCCUCUUCUACUGUCAGUGAUGAAGAUGAUAUCGAGUCAGACUCCAGUGGCUCCUGUGAUGGCGACUCAUCUCUUACAAGUUUCAGCGAAGGAGAAGAGUCUGUUGCUGCUACCUAUGAUGACAAUACAGACACUGGUUUUGUGCCAGUUGUCUGUAACACCAAUGAUGACGGAGCUUCGGCUACCUCAACUGGUGGAGCGGCAGCCUCCAUUACUUCAGAAGACGGAGCUGCCGCCGCCAUUGGACCUGAUGAUGUCAAGAAAAAGAAAAAAAGGAAUGUGUUUCAGAGGACCCGCAAAUUUUUCAGUAGGGUGGAGGCAAGAGUUCGGUCCAUCUUUAAAUGUCACAACUAGUUAAGUUGACGGAACAGCAAAAAUAAAAUGUCAGCAUAAAAAUGUAAA